UAGUCGAAAGGUCUGUGUCCCUGGCCUUAGUGUGGUAUAACCUCAGCUGCAAUGAAGCCUCUCGGUGUCUUUCUCUGCCUCCUGUUCCUCUGCGAAAUUAGGACGUUUGAGAUAUUCGUGAGCGACUCCUCGGAAAGGAGAAACAUUUUCCCACUUCAGCUGGAAAAGUCUACUCACAGAUAUGGGUCACGGAGACAUAGAAGCCUUCAAGUCAACGAAAAGAAGCAGAAAGCAGGGGAGGUACCCUUGGAAGACCCGAUCAUCAUCGACAGUUACAAAGUCAGAACCAUCAUUACUUCCCGUUUUGCCGAAACGGUGUUUAGCACCAAAGUGGUCAACAAGGACUCGUCAGCGCAGACGUUGCAGUUUAGCGUCCAGAUCCCCAAAACCGCCUACAUCACCAACUUCACCAUGAUGGUGAACGACAUCACAUUUGUUGGGUCGGUGCAAGAAAAGAACGCAGCUCGCAGACUGUACAUGGACGCCCGAAGGGAAGGAAAGGCCGCAGGUAUUAUUCGGACCAAUGGGUAUGACAUGGAGAACUUUAAAGCUGAGAUGAACGUCCCUGCCGGGAGCAUCACCACCUUCGAGCUUCACUGCCAGGAGCUCUUGCAACGGCACCUCGGAUUUUACGAGCAAGUCACCGUUCUCCGGCCUGGAAACCUGGUGAAGAACCUCCAGAUUGAUGUCUACAUAUACGAACCCGAAGGCAUCAGAACAAUCGAGGCACCAAACAUGCUUGGGACACAGUUCGACGGACUCAUUAAAGUAACUCAGGGGGAGCAUAAGGCUCACGUGUCCUUCAAGCCCACUUUAGACCAACAGAGAAAAUGUCCAAACUGCUCCGACUCAGCCAUUGACGGGAGUAUCGUCGUGAGAUACGAUGUGAAGCGGGAGCUGAACGGUGGAAGUAUCCAGAUCGCUGAUGGGCAUUUCGUUCACUUCUUUGCUCCGAGUAACCUGCCACCGCUUCCUAAGAACAUCAUCUUUGUCAUCGAUGUGAGCGGUUCGAUGUGGGGGAUUAAGAUGAAGCAGACGGUUGAGGCCAUGAAGACAAUCCUGGACGACCUGCGACCCGAAGACCAAUUCACCAUCAUCGACUUCAACCACAACGUGCGCGUGUGGAACAAGCUGCUGCUUCCAGCCACGUCCUUUAAUGUCAAAGAUGCCAAAGAUUACGUCAUGAGAAUUCAACCUUCCGGUGGAACAAACAUUAACGAAGCCAUCCUGACAGCCAUCCACAUCCUGACGGAAGCCAAUUACCUUGGUUACCUGGAUGAACGAUCCGUAUCGCUCAUUGUUCUGGUUUCAGAUGGCGAUCCCACUGUGGGCGAGAUUAAGCUGAACAACAUCCAGAGGAAUGUCAGGAAGAACAUGCAAGAUGAUUUCUCCCUCUUCUGCCUGGGAAUUGGCUUCGACGUGGACUACGAUUUCCUGGAGAGGAUAGCGCUCGAAAACCGUGGACUCGCCCGGCGCAUUUACGCAAACCAGAACGCUUCCAGUCAACUCAUGAACUUCUACGAAGAAGUGGCAACGCCUCUGCUGAAGAAAAUCAACAUCUUAUACGAGGAGGCAUUUGUGACCGACGUGACACAGAACGUGUUUGACAAGUAUUUCCGUGGCUCCGAGCUGGUUGUGGCGGGAAAGCUGACGGACGAUCACCCUUCGCUCUUACACGGCAUAGUGACAGCUUGCUCUGCAAAUAGCGACCUGCGAUUUGAAAUAGACUCCCCGACAGAUAAACUGGACGACAUUCUGGCCAAGCAGAAAUUUGCUCUCAAAGACUUUACAAAGCAACUCUGGGCAUACCUCACCAUCAACCAGCUGUUAGCAGAGAGGUUGUUGGCCACCUCAGGUAUGCAGAAGAGGAACAUUACUCAGAGGAUCUUGAAUCUGGCUCUGAAGCACCAGUUUGUGACCCCAAUGACUUCUCUGCUGGUACAGAGUGAGCAGACCAACCAGAGGCUACUGGCAGAUUCUCCGACAGACACCAGAAACGGCUGCUGUACCGGGACUUCUGGUAUUGGGAGGAAGCUUCCGCCACCAAGUAAACCAGAUUGGGCCCUUCCACCCAUACAAAGCCCUUCCUCUGAGGUACUUGGUCAGAUCCAGGAAGCCCUUCCACCUGAACUCACCUCUACUGUAACAUCAGUUGAAAAUGAUCCACAUUUCAUUAUCCACUUGGCCCAAAGUCAACAGGAUGUUUGCUUCAAUAUCGAUUCCCAGCCCGGAAAAAUCCUGAGCCUGGUGUCAGAUCGAACUAAAGGAGUUGCUGUCAAUGGCAGACUGGUGGGUGGCAAAAAACCCAAGAAUAACAAGCUGAACACCUACUUUGGCACGAUUGGCCUCACCUUUACCAAACGCAACCUCCGCAUUGAGAUCAGCACCGACAAGAUUGUCUUGAUAGGCGCCAAGUAUAAAACUUUCCUGUGGUGGUCCGAGUCGAGCUCUCUGGCUCAGGAUGGCCUGACUGUGUUAGUGACGAAAAACCGCAACGUAACCAUCAGCGUGGGUAAGGAAAUGGUCUUCCUGAUCCUACUCCAUCGUGCCUGGAAACAUCAUCCCACCAAUGUGGACUUCCUGGGAUUUUAUUCUCCCCAUUCAAACAACUUCUCAGCAGACGUUCAUGGCUUGAUUGGUCAGUUCACCCAGGAACCAGCAGUGAAAAUCUUCAAUAUCCGUCCGGGCUCAAAUACAGACAAACUGCAAGCCACCAUGGAAGUCAAAGGGCACAAUCUUACAGUCACCAGGGGAUUGCAGAAGGACUACAGGCUAAAUGUAGUGAAUGGAACGGAUGUCCAUUGCUGGUUCAUCCACAACAGCGGGAAAGGCUUUAUUGAUGGACAUUACAAAGAUUACCUGGUUCCAUUCCUUCACCGCUUCUUGCCACGUCCGUGAUAGCUUUUGCACGUCUCUGCAAAGCCUGGGCGUCUGCACCAUACGUUCAUAAGCGUUACAUGCAUUUUAGAGUAAAAAAAAUAGAAACUUGGGAGUCAUUAAGUACAGUAUAUGCUCACAAAAUGAUUUGACGCAACUACUAUUAAAUGCGGUAAGUUUCUAACUGUUCUAUUCUCCAGUACAUCACACUUGCGAGCGCGCACACACACACACACACACAUUUACAUGACUCUCACCCACGGAAAAAUGAAAGAAAAGUACAUUGUUCAUUAAUUGUUAGAUUGGAAGUGUAAAACGUGACACGAUGUGAUAAUUAUCGCACGGAUGGAAAUUGCGUGUGACCAUGGCUCAGUCGAUGUUUAUUGAGCCCAAAGCUGUCAGCGAUAGCUAUUGAUUGAGUGAUUGAUUCCUGUCAAUGGAUAUUUAAGAUUUCAGUCACUUUGUCCCACAUGCGGUAAACCCAUGCUUAAGAUUAUCCUCAGUUUGUUUUGGAUACUCUGAAGCAUCGGUGAUGGGUUUCCACGCUGUCAAGACACCCGGAUGACCAAAAAUAUAUCCCAAAGCUACACUGAAAUUCUUCGAUCCACAUUGUCAUGGUCAGAGGGUGUUGUGUUCACCUCCACAAAGGCAUCGACAAGGGCUGAAUUUCCGACGGUCUUAUAUCGACGGUGAUAAUUAUCAUCAUGUUACUAAUUUAGUAGUGAAAACAUUUUGUACAAUUCUGACCGGUGGAUCCUAAUGGUUUUUGUAACAAACGUUUCUGGUUUGGCACAUCAACUGCAAAUGGAAAGAGAAUUGCUACCAACAUUUUGCCUGUGAUGAAUGAGGCAAAACACGAUUUGUGACCUUUUUCUGCUAGUUUUUCCACCAUCUCUAUUUACCCUAAUCCAGCUGUUAAGUGCCUUAACUUUUAAGUUUGAAUAAAAAAAAUAUAGUGCCUUAAAACAAAAUGAUAUUGUAUGCACCGUUUGCAAAUUAAAUUAGCAGUGGCUAAGCAACGAAUGUGCUUGAACCACCACACUUCUGAGAAAA